UAUCCUGAUAUGCUACCCUCAGCUUUUUCCACCACCAUUGGAUGCAAAUUAGUCUUCAUUCUUCAACCUGCAACUAAUAUUUAAUUUCUAUUGCCUCUUUUAGGUUUUUAUUUUUAUUUUUUGGAGCUUUCCCAAUCUCUCACAUUUGAACCAGCAAUCACUCCCAAGUGUAGAACUUUGUUCGUUUUUCAAUGAAUUCAGUUUCUUUAGGUUCGUUCUUCCUUACAUCCCCACCAGUAUGCAAGUUCCGCCUCCGUCUUCAAACGAAACACCAACCCAUUUAUCACCAUUAUUUAUAUGACAGUGGUGUGAAUCUAUCUCCCAUUUCUCUGACAUCAAAAUCCACUAAGCACACUUUUCUGCAAGCCACUGACUCAAAUAUUGAUGCCCCAGUUUCUUUCCCUGAAGGGGCUUCAUCUUUUGUUCACAUUGAAGAAAUUAUUGAGAAGGAUUGGUCUGUGCUUGAUUCUGAUGAAACCAGUUUCGAAGGGGAAUUUAAGGGAAGCAUUGAACGCAUUAUAUCUGCUGGAAAGGUUGAAGAGAGUUCAAGGGUUUUGGUUUCAACUGGGUCUGAAGGGUUUGUGGAUUGCUUGAUGGGUUCUUAUUCCUGCAAGUCUCUGUUUGUUGUCCAUGAUUCACUUUUGAUAUUGGCUUGUAUUAAAGAGAAAUAUGACAAGGUUAAGUGUUGGCAAGGAGAGAUUAUACAAGUUCCAGAGAAAUGGGCUCCAUUUGAUGUUGUGUUCCUUUAUUUCCUACCUGCUUUGCCCUUCAAACUUGACGAAAUUCUGGGGUCUUUGGCUAAAAAGUUUUCACCUGGUGGAAGGGUGAUUAUCAGUCAUCCCCAAGGGAGAGAAGUAUUAGAACAGCAACGACAACAGCACCCAGAAGUAGUAGUUUCUGAACUACCUGAUAAAACAUAUUUACAAAGGGUUGCAGCUGCUUAUACUUUUGAUGUGGCUGAAUUUGUGGAUGAACCUGGCCUUUAUUUAGCUGUUUUGAUCUGCUCGGGGGCUUAAAAACUAUAUACAUUUGAAUACACAAUAUGAUUGGACUCUUUAUAUUGUUUUUAGCUUUUGGUCUGUUAGUUUGAAUUUUUGGAUGAAAACUUCAAUUAUAAAACGACUUAAUUUGAUUGGUAUGUGAGGCUUUCCCUUGUAAAAUCCUGUGUGUGGCGGUGGGAAGGUUUUUUUCCUUACUAUCCUUAAUUUUUAGGUUGUAUACUAUGACUAUAUUUGCCCUUACAAG